AUGAGAGCGGCCCUUUGGCUGGGCCGUUUCCCUCCCAAUCCCGCUACUCUAUCAUGUUACAAGCAAACUGGUAGACCACCUACCAGCUCCUCCGCGAUUUACCUGCACCGUCUGUUCUCCUUCUCUUCGAAACCCUACAAUUCCAAAUACACACCCGCUCUACGCCAAAGCUGCCGUCAGCACCAUCCCGGAAAAUCACAGCAUUAUCACAAUUUCCAAUGGCGGAGCCACCAAAACGUUUCAGGGUCCUGCCGCACUUUCGGCACCUACCGGGGAACCUCCACUCUCCUCCUAGCGGCCAUCUUAACUCCUGCAGCCUUUCUCGAGCUUGCUGAGAAUGGUGCAGAUGACCCCUUCACGACUGCGGAGAGCGAGAUGCUAGCGGCGUCGCGCGAAGAAACGCGAGCGCGGCGCAGGAUACCCGAUGAUGUGGAUGGGAUGAUCCGGCUCUGUCGGAGCAUAUAUAUAUUCGUCGAUCAGUAUGUGGUGGAGCCCGUGGCUACUGCUCUGCGAUUUUUCCAUUUACUCGUCAUAUUUGUGCCGGUUCUUGUCACAGUACCCGUGAUCUGGAUCGGGCCAAGGGUCAGGAGUCGGGAUGGGGAGAGAACUGGGACGCUUUGGUGGUAUGGGUUUCUGGUUAGAGCUAUGGAGAGGGGCGGAGCGGCGUUUAUUAAGCUUGGUCAAUGGGCGGCGUCGCGGUCGGAUAUAUUUCCUCCAGAACUGUGCGUGCAGAUGUCCUCGCUGCACUCCAACGCUCCCGCUCACUCAUUAAAUGCUACGAAACGGAUUAUAAGCAACGCGUUCAACAUGCCGUUCGAAGAUAUCUUUGAAGAAUUUGACGAGAAGCCUCUGGGUGUCGGAGCUAUUGCACAAGUAUACAAAGCAAAACUACGACCGGGUCUCGUUGUACAUGACCAACUGGAUGUGGAAGAUAAGCCGUUGAAUAUAGCAGCGAAAUUCAAGAAGAAUGUGGAUACAUUGGUGAAAAUCAGUCCGCGGCGGGUGCCUUCGUCGUACGUUGCGAUCAAGGUGUUACAUCCUCGUGUGCAAAGGAUAGUGCGACGAGAUCUGAAGAUCAUGGCUUUUUUUGCGCGAGUGAUCAAUGCCAUCCCUUCGAUGGAAUGGUUUUCCUUUCCUGAUGAGGUGAAGCAGUUUGGACACAUGAUGCGACUCCAGCUGGAUUUACGGAUUGAAGCUGCAAACCUCCAGCUCUUCCGUGAACGUUUUAAAUCGCGGACGACCGCUUGGUUCCCCUAUCCAUACACUGAGUAUACGACUAGAGAGGUAUUAGUUGAGGAAUUUGCUCAAGGGAUCCCGCUGGCUGCUUUUCUUGAGAGCGGCGGAGGGGUUUAUCAGCAGGGAAUAGCCCGUGAGGGCCUCGACGCCUUCUUACACAUGCUCCUAAUCGACAACUUUGUCCACGCUGAUCUGCAUCCCGGCAAUAUCAUGGUCCGUUUCUACAAGCCGGGGCAACUAGAUCUCUCUUUCAAGACCUACCGCCCGAGCACACCAGCAAAGGAGAAACGCCAGGUCGAUGUAACCGAGUCCGUCCUCAAUCGCCUCCGACCAUACCAGAAGGACCCAGAGAAAUGGAAUGCCGUUCUAUCGGAAAUCGAAAAGGAAGGCUACCGCCCGCAGCUUAUUUUUCUCGACACCGGCCUCGUCACGCAACUCAACAGCCUCAACCGACGGAACUUCCUUGACCUGUUCCGUGCUGUGGCUGAGUUUGACGGGUACAGAUCCGGACAACUGAUGGUGGAGCGGUGCCGGCAGCCGGAUGCCGUCAUCGAUCCAGAGAUCUUCGCGCUAAAGAUGCAGCAUCUUGUUCUAGCGGUCAAGGGGCGGACAUUUGCACUGGGAAAUGUGAAAAUCGGCGAUGUGCUGAGCCAGGUGUUGUAUUUGGUGCGGGCACACCAUGUGCGGCUGGAAGGGGACUUCGUCAAUGUGGUUGUUUCUAUCCUAUUGCUUGAGGGCAUUGGGAGGAGUUUGGAUCCCGAGCUGGAUCUGUUUAAGAGCGCACUCCCUAUCCUCCGCCAACUUGGAUCUGGGACGACAUUACUGAAGUCCGUGCGAGAAGGCGACACGUCAAUGCUGAAGGUGUGGGUCGGGCUUGAGGCGCGGACAUUCCUGCAGGCAAGUAUUGAGAACGUGGAGAUGUGUGUGAAGUACGAUCUGCUGUCGCCGAAUAUAUAA